CUGUGAGAAGAGAGUUUUUCCCGCAGUGGUGUAGUUAUGGGACGGAGGAAAGUGCCUGGUGGUGGGUCACUGGGCCGGGCCCUUAUCCGCCAUCAAACUCAGUGGAGCCGUAGCCAUCGGCACACCGACUCCUGGUUGCACACAAGUGAGCUCAAUGAUGGCUAUGAUUGGGGUCGUCUUAAUCUUCAGUCAGUGACUGAGCAGAGCUCCCUUGAUGACUUUCUUGCAACUGCAGAACUUGCAGGGACAGAGUUCGUAGCUGAGAAGCUUAAUAUUAGGUUUGUGCUCCCUGAAGCUAGAACGGGGCUGCUGUCUUUUGAGGAGAGUCAGAGAAUUAAGAAACUCCAUGAAGAAAACAGACAGUUCUUGUGUAUACCCAGGAGACCCAACUGGGACAAAACAACUAGUCCAGAAGAACUCAAGCAGGCAGAGAAAGAUAACUUCCUAAACUGGAGGCGUCAACUUGUCCGGCUAGAAGAGGAACAGAAGUUGAUUUUGACUCCAUUUGAACGAAAUUUGGACUUUUGGCGCCAGCUCUGGAGGGUCAUUGAGAGAAGUGAUAUUGUGGUACAGAUAGUAGAUGCUCGAAACCCACUCCUGUUCAGAUGUGAAGAUUUGGAAUGUUACGUGAAAGAGAUUGAUGUCAAUAAGGAGAACGUUAUUCUGAUAAAUAAGGCAGACUUGUUGACUGCUGAGCAGCGCAGCGUCUGGGCCACAUACUUUGAGAAAGAAGAUGUAAAGGUUAUUUUCUGGUCAGCGUUGGCUGAAACCAUUCAACUGAAUGCUGACUCUAAGGUAACCUCCAGGGAACUUUUUCAGGGUAACUUUCAAGGAAAAGCAAGCUCUCACCUCCAACUCAGUGAAGGAAUUCCUUCCUCCAGCUCCCUGUCAGACACUUAGGUUAUCUCUAUGUGACUACUUUGAACAGAGGAUGUGGCUCAGUGAUAGAGUGCUUGCUAACAUGCACAAGGCCUUGGUUUUUGUCCCCAGCACUGGGGACGGGGUGAGGGGGGAAUGGUAUCUGUGAUUACUGUAAAAGACAAGGCCCUUAAGACCCGGGAGCUCAUUCGUUAUCCCUAAAUUCAGAAAGUUCUUCCCUUCACUGAAGCUAAAUUAAUCCCUCAGUCUUUGAACUGAGGGCUUGUCCUUUGUCCUCUUGGCUUCCUUUUGUACCAGACUGCACAUUUUCUACUGCCAGAUUUCUUGUAGACAUCAUCUCCAGGGCCCUCAUCCUGAGAACUGUCUAUGUUAGGAUUAUGGUUAAAAUUGGCAGCACCUAAUUGAAUACAUUAUUCCAGGUGUUGUUUGCCUGGGGCAUAAACAGAAAGACCCGAAUUUCUUGUGAUUAGGAUACUCCCCUUAAUUUGACCCUCUGUUAAUUCAUCCUCUUUCAGGAGCUCUAUUACGCUGUUGGCUGAUUAACCAUGCACAACCAAAUCCCUCAAAUAUUUAAAAAGAAAAAGACUUAU